CCGUGUGAAUACAAGACAAUUAGGUGCCAGAACAGCAAAUACAAGUAGAAUGAAAAGCCGCGUUGCUUUGAUUGGACCUUUGGUCACCACGCUUCUUUUGUUGGGCGCCACUGCCAACGAAAUCCGUCAGCCGCAUUUGAAGAAUGGAAAAAAUGUGCUUUUGCAAAUAGUUACGCCCGAAGAAAUGAAUAAAAUACUUAACGAAAAUCCGGACGCUAUAGAGAUGACUGCAACAAGGACUCGGGUUGAAGGUCGUGAAAUGCAAUCACAAGGCAAAGCUCAAAUCACUUAUACUUUGGGUACCGCAAGAGCUCCAGGUGAUCGCCUCGUAUCGAGUGACUCGAGCACAAAUGACUUCAAUGUUCCUACUACCUUGACUGCCAAAACGCGUUAUCCUAGCAGUGGUACGGGUGCAGUUGUUACAUAUGUUCAAAUCAAUGUGUACCAAAGUAAUGAUAACGGACGUGCUUAUGUGACAUCUGGUGGCAUUGGUUCGACACACAUUGCGGUGGCAGUGGAAGCGGUGAAAACUUAUUACUUUGAUUUUUAUUCAUAUAUUUAUGGGAAAUAAAUUAAGAGCAUGCAAAUGACAGGGCAAAGAAAU